CGACCAGUGAAGUCAAAUUCAAAGAUAUUUAUUGCGUUUUAAGUCGUCAUGGGAGCUGCAUGUACAUCAAGUUCAAGACCGGUACAAUCAACUUUACAGCCCAAAGUAGUGAAACAAGUCACAGUCAUAUGGUAUGAUGAAGAUGUUGGCUGCCGCCUGUGUGAGGCCGGGAUCGCCGGUGAUGACGCCCCUAAAGUUGACGUUUCCUCCAUCGCCGGCCACUCAACACAAAAGGCUGUGACUGUCGGUAUGGUACAGAAGGAAAGCUACGUUGACAACAAGGUGACAGGUAUCCCCGCCAUUAUGAUGAACAGGGAAGACCGUGAGGGGACUUCGAAGGGCUGUUCACGACUGUCCACAGAAGUGAAACCCCAGUUGGACCGCAACGUUUCUGCGCUGGUUAUCGACAACGGCUCUGGCAUGUGUAAGGCUGGGUUCGCCGGUGACGACGCCCCCAGAGCUGUCUUCCCCUCUAUCGUCGGACGCCCCAAACAUGAUGUAAUUAUACUAUGA